AUGGGAGCACUCGAGUUCAUCUGCGAUCGAAGGUUUCACCGCAGUUUCGUGGUUCCCGCGAACCCCGAGUCCAACACAUCCAAACCCUACCAUGUGUCUUACUCCGACUUUGGCGACGCCGACAGCAAGGCAAUCGUCUUGUUCUGUGGAGCCCUCUUCGGUCAGCGCUUAUGCUACGCACCCUUGGACCAAUUAGCAAAGGCCCACCAUGUCAGAAUCAUCCAUCCGGAUCGACCUGGCGUUGGUGGUAGUGAAGCUGUGGAGCCUGAGAAGCGUGUACAGACCUGGCUGGAAAUGACCCCCAAGCUUCUGGCACAUUUGAACAUCUCGCAUGUUUCGAUUGCUAGCCACAGUGGAGGCGACAUCUACCUCAUGAACUUUAUUCUCGCCUACCCACAUCUGUUGAAUCCCAAUCAUCCAUAUGUCGCUUUCUUUGCUCCAUGGGUCCAUUACUCGCAUUCGAAGAUGACGCAUCUACAGGCUACUGAGCUUCUCCCUGCUUCGUGGAUAGGAAAGUUUGGCUCAAUCGGUAGAUUCGUCAACCACAAUAUUAUUCCAGUGGUCGGCUUGAGUGGCGCAUUUGUGAAAGGGAUUUCCGCGCCACUUUCGCGUUCAGAUCCCACAACAGCUCCCGUUGCACUCACAGUGUCUGGGGCUGUCGACUCUGAAAGGCCAGAGGAUGGUCCUCACGACGUUUUCCAGGAUAUCGCACUCGACGAUCCAAAGGCUGUGGAUGACUUGCGAGAACACAUCACCAAGUUCGUCUUCGCCGAAAAUGUGGAAGGUGUCUCGGCAGACACCCAAUUGCUCCUAAAGCGCUCUGUUCCAUGGAGUACACCCGUUGUCGAGUGGGAAGAUCUCGAUGAUGCUGUGCAGCUUCUUUCGAAGACAAUUGCUGAAGAUGAUCGGCUGACGGGCAGUAACAGGGUCUGGUCUAUCGACUGCUUUCAUGGUGAGCACGACCAGUUGGUUGGUGACAAAGGGAGGGAUUGGUUCAAUGCCAUCUGGACGCCGAGCCAUAGCUAUCAGUAUCGGUCCUUAGUCAUUAAAGGCACUGAGCAUGAUUUCUUAAUGGAUCCAACUUUCGGAGCGAGCGAACAAUGGCUGCAGCGGGUCAGCGAGUCCUGGCAAACCUCGCAGCCCGACGCAGCGGCUCCUUACCCCGUUCCAACCAUGGCCGAAGACAUGCAGAUAAAUCCCCAACGCGCGAAGCAACUCGCCGAAAACAUCGCCAGCAUAACCUCGCGCAUCAACGCCGUGAGCAAAGGCGGGAAACAGGUCCGCCUCAUAGCCGUAUCUAAACUCAAACCCGCAAACGACAUCCUCGCCCUCCACCAACCCUCCAAUCCCACCCAAACCCAUUUCGGCGAAAACUACGUCCAAGAGCUCCUCGAGAAGAGCAAGAUCCUCCCCCGCUCCAUACAAUGGCACAUGAUUGGCGGUCUGCAGUCGAACAAGUGCAAGCAGCUGGCUGAGCAGAUACCAAAUCUGUGGUGCGUGUCCAGCGUAGACAGCGAGAAGAAGGCGAAUGAACUGGAGAAGGGAAGGAAAGCUUUGGUCGAAAAGGAUGGGGACAAGGUAGAGGGGAAGUUGCGCGUCAAGGUGCAAGUCAAUACCUCAGGUGAAGAAGCGAAAUCUGGCGUCGAGCCCUCGGAUACACUGUCUCUCUGCCGGCACAUCAUAGACAAGUGUCCGCAUCUCCAGCUCUCUGGUCUAAUGACCAUUGGUGCGAUUGCGAGGAGUAAGGAGACGACUGCGGAAAACGAGAAUGAGGAUUUCGUCGCGUUGAAGGAGACGAGGGAUCAGGUUAUCAAGGAGCUGGGUCGGGGAGAGGAGCAAUUGGAGUUGAGUAUGGGCAUGAGUGCAGAUUUUGAGGGUGCGGUUAAGAUGGGGAGUGAUGAGGUCAGGGUGGGAAGUCAGAUUUUUGGAGAGAGGCCGCAGAAGAAGGAUGCUGUCAUCAAGGAGAAGGAGGCACAGGAAAAGAGCUAG